UAAACCCAGAACAGAAGAUAAUGAAACUCCGAUCGGGGCAAACAAAGCAAGUGCUCCCGAUCCGCAGGCAAAAAGACAGGAAAGAUCAGGAAAUCAACAGACGGAGAUUGGGUGAGCAGUGCGCCCAUUGGCGUUGCCCCAAAAUCGGACAGAACCUUCACGAAAAUCAUAGCUAUAAAUCGCAAUUCACCAUACGCAGCCGGGGUCACCAACUCCCAGUGGAGGUCAGAGGGUGCUCCAGCUCGUGCCGACGAGCCUCGGCUUUUGGAAUCGCAUUGAUCCUAACGCACAUCUACUGGAAUUUGGAAGCUGGAACUGAAAACCAAAAACACACACACACAACACAAGAUGCCCACCACUCAGCAUUCGCCACAAGGUCAUGGCCACGCCCACUCCCUUGCCCAAGGACACGCCAUCGAUAGGAGCGAGGCCAAGGACACGACGGAGAACGGCGGCGAGGCGGGCAACAUGCCCAACCUAUCCACAUUGUCGCUGGACGAACUGAAGCAACUGGAUAGGGAUCCCGAAUUCUUCGAUGAUUUCAUCGAGGAGAUGUCCGUGGUGCAGCACCUGAACGAGGAGCUCGACUCGAUGAUGAAUCAGGUGGAGAACAUAUCAAGUGGGUGGGUCCAAGGCGGAGGGCUGGACACAGAUGCAUUAAAACCCGUUCAUCCUUACAAUCUAGGGGAGAAUGAGAGCAAGGGCAGCCACCUGGUGGAGCUGAAGCGCCGUCUCAGCGAUGAUUACACAGCUUUAAAGACCCUGGGCGAGAAAUGCGACCAGCUGAAUAAGAAGUACUUGAAGAAGUCGGAGGAAUAUGCUCCACAGCACAUAAGGGAACUCCUUCAGAUUGCCGCCUCCAAUGCCGAUGCCGACUGUGAUCGGCAUGUGGAGCACUUCCUGAACGGCAAGAUUGAUGUGCAGACGUUCCUUAACACCUACCAGAGCUCCAAGAAGAUCAGCGCCGAGCGCAAGGCCAAGGAGGAGCGCCUGGGCACCCAGCUGAGUGCCCUGGAGCGGGCCGGUAUCUAGGAUUGCCUGGGGGAAAAACAUUGGCUGUGCAGUCCACUCAAUGUUUAUCUCAAUUCGCAAUCCUUAAUCCUCACUCCUCCAUCCGCCACGAGUCGCAAUAAUAGAGUCUAAGCAUGAUAAUCAGCAGAGUAACCGAAGAGAGCAGGAGUUAUGCAGCCGGAUAUUUGGAUGCGGCAUUGGGGAUCCAAAUCGAAUCCACAAGGACUAGUCCUUAAAAAAAACGCUCGCUAGUUGUACGCUAUAUUUAAACACGUGUAAAUCGGUAGAGUGGCUUGUAAUUCUAAUUAUACCCCCAGAACGGAACGCCUAUGUGUUAUGUCCCAACUCCAAAUCCAGUCCCAAACCCAAAUCAUAUGUAUUACCCCAAUAGGCUUUAAUUGUUUUUGGUCCCUUACACUUAUUGUUCCAUGGCCAGCCCAAUCGAUAUAUUUGUACUAUGUAUAUUUAAUAAACAUUAUGAUUUAUA